UAUAAGUGGAAAUGAACAUUUCUUCAUUGAGGAAUUGGGGAGAGAUAGUAGAAGCAAUGGCUGAGAAAAGAGUGAAGUUAUUUGGGAUGUGGUGCAGCCCCUUUGCCUUGAGGGCGGAAUGGGCUCUGAAGCUAAAAGGGGUCGAGUACGAGUAUGUGGAGGAGGACCUCUUCCAUAAAAAGAGUGAGGAGCUCCUUCGCUACAAUCCGGUGACCAAGAAGGUCCCUGUUCUCGUGCAUGACGGGAAGCCGAUAGCAGAGUCGCUUGUGAUCAUCGAAUACGUCGAUGAGGUGUGGAAGGAUGGGUACCCCAUCCUGCCCAAGGAUCCCUAUGAAAGGGCGCAGGCUCGGUUCUGGGCUAAGUUUGCAGAAGAUAAGAUAAACCCAGCAACAUUUGCCGUAUACUCCACAACCGGAGAGCAGCAGCAGAAGGCCUUACAAGAUGCUCAGGAGGUCUUCAAGACUCUAGAAGAGGCCCUCAAGGGCAAGAAGUUUUUUGGAGGGGAGACCAUUGGGUUUGUAGAUAUUGCAGCAGGUUGGUUGCCCUGUUGGGUUCGAAUAAUCGAGGAGAUCGUCGGCAUCAACAUAGUGAAUGAGAACAACCUGCCUUUGAUCAACGCAUGGUUUGAUGAUUUCAUGGAAUUGGAAUUGGUGAAGGGGAGCUUGCCUCCUAAAGAUAAGCUCUAUGCUUUCAGCAAGGCUCGCCGAGAAAAAUUUCUUGCAUGAGAAAGCUCCUAUAGGACUUGCUGCUGGUUAUACAUUUUGCCUCCCUAAAGCUUAUAUGGGACCAUGGAAGGAUGUUUGUAUUUUGAGUGGCAUACCUAAUAAAAACUAGAAAGUACCUAGUAAAUGAAAUUAGGAAGAAUAUGCUCUCUGUCAUGAAUGAUUUUUCUGGUUAUAUUUAAAAUGAAUUAUAAGCAAGGUGUACUGUUUUAUACUAUUUGAUAUAUUUGUGUUCGGAUUAAUCGAGUCAAUAUAUGUUUCCUUUGAAAAA